ACUUCAGAUCGCAUACUGCGACAGAACCAGAAACGAGGAAGAUUCUCCGGUAGUCAGCAAACCAUUUUUCUGUCGUCAAACGGAUCAAGCUUUUUGUGAGACUUGGAUCGGUCACAAAAAGCGGGAUUCGCUUUUCGCAUAGGAAUUGGCCUGUUCAGGAGCCAGCUUAUUUAUAUAAAACGUUUGAAAAUUAUUGCCAAAAUGGAAGAAAUGCAUCAACCGCAACAGGUUGGGCCUAAUAUGAUGGCCAAUGUAGGUGGGGUUCCUAAUCAUUCAAAUAAUGUUAACCGGCGUAGCAGACUUCGAUUGUCAUUACAUAGUUUAAUGGUAGAAAAACUUCCAAUAAGUGAGGCCGCUCAAUUGGAGAUGAAAUCAUUGUCCAACAAAACUCCAGUUUCUAUUCUUCAGGAAUUGCUUUCUCGCAGGGGUACAACACCAAAGUAUGAACUAAUACAAGUAGAGGGUGCUAUCCAUGAGCCUAUUUUUCGUUAUCGUGUCACUGUUGCUGAUAUUGUUGAUCCAAUUGUUUCAGCAAUGGGGACUGGAAAGUCAAAAAAGGAAGCAAAACAUGCUGCUGCAAGAGCUGUAUUGGAUAAGUUGUGUAGAUUAAAUAGCGAAGCUCCAGAUUCUCCGCUCCAAAACAAUAUACCAGAUUCUGAGAAUCUACAAGAAUUAUCAGGAUACGGAGAAGAGAAAAUAAUCACAAAUCCAAUUGGAGCAUUGCAAGAAAUGUGUAUGUCGCGUCAUUGGCCCCCACCAAAAUACACAAUGGAAAACGAGGAAGGUCUUCCGCAUGAAAGACAGUUUACCAUUGUUUGUUCUAUUUUAAAAUAUCGCGAAGUUGGUCAGGGAAGAAGUAAAAAAGUAGCAAAGAGGCAUGCAGCUCACAAAAUGUGGCAAGCUUUACAUGAUAUGAAUACAGAAAAUUCCAAUGUGGAUGAAGAUGAGGUUUUACAAAGAAAUGCAAAUGUGAAUGCCCGUUAUGCCGAUCUGAAAGGUAGCAAAAUUUCAACUCUAACAACUAUUCAUAGCCUUAAGGUUUCACAAUUUCAUAAAAGUCUGAAAUCAUCAACUGGUGUUAAACUUUUUGAAUUACAGAAUACUUGUUUGAAUGACGGCGAUGUAAAUCUGGUACAGUUUUUGCAAGAAAUCGCUUCAGAGCAGCAAUUUGAAGUAACUUAUGUUGAUAUUGAAGAAAAAUCUAUCAGUGGUAAAUGCCAGUGCCUUGUGCAACUGUCUACAUUGCCAGUGGCAGUUUGCUACGGUUGUGGUGUCACUAGUAAAGAUGCUCAAGCUAGUGCUGCUCAAAACGCUUUGGAAUAUCUGAAAAUCAUGACCAAGAAGUGAGCCAGCGCUUUGCUCCUGCCAGCUGUCACGAUCAAUUGUAAAUCCCAUAAUAAUUUGCUGUCCAAAAAUCAGAACAACAACGCAGACUCGAAAAUA